UUGCGGCCGUUUCAGAAAGAGAAACCUCAGUCAUUUCUCUUCGGUUUCCAAAAUGACACCCACCGUCCAACCACGGAGAACGGCGUCAGUGUGGAUCCGACGAGCACUGCUCGCAGCCAUCAUUGCUGGCUUGGUCAUCACAUGGGUUGCCCUUGCCGAGCUGUUGCAAGUCGUCCAGCACGACAAGAACUACAACAAGCCCUUCUUCCUGACAUACGUCGUCCACGGCAGCUACAUCAUUUUCUGGCCAGUGUACUGGGCGGUUUUGCGGACACAUGCAUGGCGCGCCGCCACCACGACCACGAGCCGUCGCCCGCCACGGAAACUGACACGCUCGAGUCUGCUCCACAGCAAUCACGAAGAUGGCACGACGAGCACCAACGGUGCAGGCAGCACGCCAGCAGCUUGGUCGCACACCAAUGCCGCUAUCAACGCCAAUCUCGACGACUCGGACGCGUACAAUCAGCCGUCCAAAGCUGCAAGCCUCAUCCACAAGCAACAUGAAUCACCGUACCUGCAGGACGAGGAAACCCCUUUAAUCGCACAUUCGACGUUGCCAAGCACAAGCAGCGACACGUCCGGAUCCGGAUCGUCCUUGUUUGCUUGCUUCCGCAAUCUGCGCUCGCCGCUGCCAUUCACCGGCCGCCGCUAUGCAUGGGCCACAUUCAUCAUGCAACUCGUCUUCUUCUUUGUCUCGGCGACGUGGUACUACUCGCUCGAUCACACAAGCGUCGCCGCCAACACGGGCAUCUACAACUCGUCGUGCAUUGUCGUCUUCAUCCUGUCCGCCCUCUUUUUGAAGGAGAAGGUCACAAAGUUCAAGGUUGCGGCAGUCGCGUUGAGCGUCGGGGGCGUCCUGAUGAUUAGCUUUGCCCCUUCUUCCUCCAGCAGCGACAGUUCCACCGUCAAUCCCUCCGCCCUCGGAUACAUCAUGGUUGUCGUCAGCACCGUCCUGUAUGCCGCAUACGAGGUGCUGUACCGAAUGAUUUGCGUGGAUGUGACCAUCACGGACCGCGUUCUUUAUGUGGCCAGCUCCUUCAAAGUGCUCGGCUACAUUGGAUUUUGGAACUUGCUUCUCGUCUGGCCGGUGCUCAUUUUGUGCCACUACACUGGCUGGGAAUUGUUCGAGUUGCCCUCAUCCGAAGCUCUGCCGUACCUAGUUGGCGCGGCCCUGAUUGAUUCCGUCUUCCAGAUUUUGCUGUAUCUGGGCAUUCUCAUCUCGUCGCCGCUCUUCAUCGCUGUGGGCUGCAUGCUGUCCAUCCCUGGCUCGAUUGUGGCAGAUUACAUUUUCCACGGCACUGUGCUUCCGGCCCUGGCGCUCGGAGGCAUUGCUGUUCUCUCUGUUGGGUUUGCGUUGCUGAAUUACGACGAGUAUCGUGAGCAAAGGCACAACCAGCCCUCCAGCUCGGCCACCUCUGGCUGCCGAAGCAGCAGCGCACGAUGAGUGAAACAGAGAGAUAUUGUUCAAAAAAAGGGUGUUAUUUAACGGUCAUUUUUCGCUUUUCUGCCUUGUUCGUACUGUACAAUAAAACGCUGAGUCACGAA